UUCUUGGCUUCGAUUUUUUUCCUUUAAAUGUUGCCAUUAGGGGCUUGAUUUGUAUGCGGGAUUUUUUAAAUUCCCUAUCUUGUGCCACACUCGUAACUUUUUUAAGGAUUUGAAAGCAAGCUUGUUUUUCUUUUCUUUUUACUUUUUUGUACCGUUUCCCCCUCUUUCUUCCAAGAAGAGGGUUUUUAGGGGAAAAAAGACAAGUAAAUAAAGGACAUAAACAAGCAACUAACUUUUUUUCUCCAUCUCCCCACCCCCCAAAAGGAAAUAAUAAAAGCUUUGGAUGAAGAUUGUACCAAGGAAAGAAAACUGCCGACACCUUAUCAAGGCCGUUUGUCCGAGCCACAAAUAUGAUGAUGAAAGAAGAUUGUAACUAAAGAAGAGAUUGAUUUACUGCUUUGGAAAGCAGAAGAGUGUGGAAUAAACAACGGAGAUCCGGUCAAAUAUCAAAACACUGAUAUCUUCCCCCCCUUUAUUCCCCUCAAGAACAGGAACUGAAAUCCAUUACAAGACCCAGCGAUUUUACUUGCGUUUUCUCUCCCCCGCUCCCCCAGCACAAAACCACCUUCUGAUCGCGAAGCGCUUAUAAUUUUUUCCCUUUCUUUUUUUCUCCUCCUCCUUCGCCGUACCGUUUCUUCUGCUCCUGCCGCCGCUUGCUGCUGCUCGUCUCUAAAAGUGCAUUGAUUGGGCUGCGGAAGGAGGUAUGGAUGAGCAGUCCAGGAUGUUGCAGACUCUGGCCGGCGUGAACCUGGCUGGCCACUCGGUGCAGGGGGGCAUGGCUCUGCCUCCUCCCCACGGACACGAAGGGGCAGACGGCGACGGCCGAAAGCAAGACAUAGGAGACAUCCUGCACCAGAUCAUGACCAUCACGGACCAGAGCUUGGAUGAGGCGCAAGCAAAAAAGCAUGCAUUGAACUGCCACAGAAUGAAGCCUGCUUUGUUUAGUGUCCUCUGUGAAAUCAAAGAGAAAACAGGUCUCAGCAUCCGAGGAGCUCAAGAGGAAGAUCCUCCUGACCCCCAGCUAAUGCGAUUGGACAAUAUGCUUCUGGCAGAAGGGGUUUCAGGUCCUGAGAAAGGUGGAGGAUCGGCAGCGGCGGCGGCGGCGGCAGCAGCUUCCGGCGGGACAUCAGAUAACUCUAUCGAACACUCAGAUUACAGGGCCAAAUUGACCCAGAUCAGACAGAUCUAUCACACGGAGUUGGAGAAAUAUGAACAGGCAUGUAACGAAUUUACCACGCAUGUGAUGAACCUUCUCCGAGAGCAAAGCCGGACGCGUCCCAUUUCUCCAAAGGAGAUUGAGAGGAUGGUGGGCAUCAUCCAUCGGAAGUUCAGCUCCAUUCAGAUGCAGCUCAAACAAAGCACUUGUGAAGCAGUCAUGAUCUUGAGAUCACGGUUCCUUGACGCCAGGCGGAAAAGGCGUAACUUCAGUAAACAAGCCACAGAAAUCUUGAAUGAGUAUUUUUACUCUCACCUCAGCAAUCCCUACCCCAGUGAAGAAGCCAAAGAAGAGCUGGCAAAGAAAUGCAGCAUCACAGUAUCACAGGUAUCUAACUGGUUUGGCAACAAGAGAAUCAGGUACAAGAAGAACAUAGGGAAAUUUCAGGAAGAAGCCAAUCUCUACGCAGCAAAAACAGCGGUGACUGCAGCGCAUGCCGUGGCAGCAGCUGUCCAAAACAACCAGACAAACUCCCCCACUACACCAAACUCUGGUUCUUCUGGUUCUUUUAACCUCCCUAAUUCUGGGGACAUGUUCAUGAACAUGCAGAGUCUGAAUGGGGAUUCUUACCAGGGGUCCCAAGUCGGAGCCAAUGUGCAAUCACAGGUGGAUACCCUGCGUCAUGUUAUCAAUCAGACGGGAGGAUACAGUGAUGGCUUGGGAGGAAAUUCGCUGUACAGUCCACAUAAUUUAAAUGCUAAUGGAGGCUGGCAGGAUGCGACUACUCCAUCUUCUGUGACCUCGCCAACAGAAGGCCCGGGAAGUGUGCACUCCGAUACCUCUAACUAAUGUCCUCACAACACUUAUCAUCCAUUCACCCCACCCCACUCAAGCUGAGAUGCCUUCCUUCAGUGCAUUCAGAAUCCCAGGAGGAAGGAGAAAAAAACAGAUUCCAGAAAGAUUGUGUGUGUGUGUGUGUGUGCGCGUGUGUAUGGUUCUUCUGUUAGCCAACCACCGCUGGCUUAACUGCAAAACCCUGUCUUACCGGAGAACUCGAUAAAAUCUUUUUUUUGUUUUUGUUAAGGUAUCCUAAUCAUUUGUAUAGGUUCUUAAAUAUCACAGAUAUGCACACACUCACGCAAUGUUAAGGAGGAAAAAGAAAAACAAGCACUUUAUCCGACUAGGCUGAGAUUUAGCAUUGUUUGUAACCCUGUGUCUAUUUUAGAAAAAUAAUUUAUUACCAGCAGGUUUUGCAAGGAUGGUCUACUAGCUGCUGUGUGGCCUCAGAGGGGAAAUUUAAAAUAAUUCUUAAAAGUAACCUCAAGUAACAGAACCAGGCUUGUCGGGUGGUUCACCCAAA